AUGGCAGCUCCCAGAUUCAUGCUCGUGUUCCGCGUCCCACUACCUGAACUCGAUGCCGUCAAAGCAGCCGUCUUCGCCGCAGGCGCAGGCCGUUACCCCGGGCCAGGGUCCUACACCGAAUGCGCGUGGCAGACAAUUGGCACAGCCCAGUUUCGCCCAGGCAGUGCUGCCAAUCCGCAUCUAGGGGCGGUCGGGGUACUGGAGAAGGUGGAUGAGGCGAGAGUUGAGACGCUUUGCGUGGGAGAGGAUGUUGUCAGGAAAGCGGUGGAGGCUUUGAAAAGUGUACAUCCCUAUGAAGAGCCUGGGUAUGAGGUGUUUUCGAUUAUGGACUUCUGA